AUGUCGUCCAAUUUUGACGAUGAUGAUGCGCCUCCGGAGCUGAUCGAUGUGUCCGAGGUACCGGAGCAGCCAGCCUCUAUAGAGGAGGAACAGACGCCCCGAGUUCCUAUCACCCUUGUUACAGGAUAUUUGGGAGCGGGAAAAACCACCCUGUUGAACUACAUCCUGACAGAGAAACAUGGGAAGAAGAUUGCUGUGAUCAUGAACGAAUUCGGUGACUCAUCGGACAUCGAAAAGCCCUUGACAGUAAACGAGGGCGGCCAAGAAGUCACCGAGUGGAUGGAAGUUGGCAAUGGAUGUAUCUGUUGCUCAGUGAAAGACUCAGGUGUCAUGGCCCUGGAAUCCCUUAUGGAACGUCGCGGUACAUUCGACUACAUCCUGCUAGAAACCACCGGCCUCGCAGACCCAGGCAACAUCGCCCCAGUCUUCUGGAUGGACGAAGGUCUAGGCAGCUCAAUCUACCUAGACGGGAUCGUGACACUAGUCGACGCGAAGAACAUCAUUCGCUUACUCGACGAACCGGCCCCGGAGGAAAAAGCCGAGGCUCACAAUGUCGACCACGACCACGGAUCCGGCCCCGUGCUCUCCAUGGCGCACAUGCAGAUUUCCCAUGCUGAUGUGAUCAUUCUCAACAAGACGGAUCUAGCCUCUGCGCAAGAGCUUGACGCCGUUAAGGACCGAAUCUCGUCUAUCAAUAGCGUUGCAAAGAUUCAUGAGACAGAUCAUAGCCGUACACCGCAGAUCGAGGGCGUGGUGCUUGAUUUGCAUGCGUAUGAUCAGUUAGCAGAUAUGGACUUUAGUGAGAAAGGACAUAGCCAUAUUGAUCCAGCUAUUUCUACUUCUGCUAUCUUGACGUCUCCAAUUUCUGCCUCGAAGGUUCCCAAAAUCGACGAAUGGCUUCAGUCAGUGCUUUGGGACUCGGUACUUCCUGAAUGUCCCAAGUCGCCGUCCGAGUCUCAUCCGACAGAUUUCGAGAUCCACCGAUUGAAGGGUAUCAUUUACUUUGAAGAUGGGUCAACCAAGAUCAUCCAAGCUGUGCGAGAUGUCUUCGAGAUUCGGGACUCGGAUCCAUGGCAGAAGGGCGAGAAGGAGGUUCAGUGCAAAAUCGUUCUAAUUGGCCGAGGUUUGGGACUGAGUGUAGACCCAUGGAGGAAGAGCUUCGAGUCUUAUGUACGGAUGUAG